AUGGAGGGAGAAGCAUCGCAUGCAUGGGGGGAUCCGGAGGAGGCAGGAGUAGCCUAUUCAGGUGUACAUGCAGCACAACAAGAAUCAUCAGAGGAGGCAGCAUUAGGUGUUGUGCCUGCAGUAACACAACAAGGGUUAUCUUCUCCUGGGAUGGAGUUGAUGGGAUCGGAUCCCAGGAUCGGUAUGGGAUCGGGGAUCGAGUCUGGGGUCGGGGAUCGUACGGUUGGGAUCGAUUCUGGGAUCGUUUUGGGGGAUGGGAUCGUGUCUGGGAUCGAUAGACGGGCUGGGAUCGAGUCUGCUGGGAUCGGCACUUUAGGAAGUGGGAUCGAUUCUGGGAUCGGUGGUGUCGUCUCUGGGAUCGAUUCUGGGAUCGGUGGGAUCGAUUCUGGGAUCGGUGGGAUCGAUUCUGGGAUCGGUGGGGUAUCUGGUAUCGAUACACCUAUUUCUUCCCCUCUAUUGGAUGCAGGAGAUUCCCCUGUCUCCCUUCCUCCUCAUGUGUCUCCUCCUGUUGUCCCGUCACGACGUUUUUCUGCAACAAUAAAGGAAUUAAGUGUCCCUCUUUCUUUAUUUAGUGCCUGUCUCCUUCUUUUGUUUGCUGUAGUUGCUGCUAAUAAGAAAAGGGGAAUAAAAAAGGCAAAAGAAGAAGAAGGAGACAAGACACAAGAACAACAACAGGAGCAGCAAAAGGAGGAGGAAAAAGAAGAAAAAAAAGGAGAAGAAGUAAAUAUUUCUUCUCCUUCUUUCCCUUUACCUCCUUUCUUAUCCUCUGUUGAUCAUCUAAUAAAAAUAUUUAAUAUUGAAUUUACUGAGGAGACAAUAAGGGAGACAAAAAAGGAGACAGGUUUCUUACAAGGAGACACAACAGCAGCAGGUACAGCAGCAGCAGCAGCAGCAGCAGAAGAAGAAGGAAUAAAACAAUUUAUUAAUUUUAUUAAUUAUGUAAAAACAGCAAAAGAAUUAAAUAAUAUACCCAAGACAGAGGAAGAAAGAAAAAAAAGGGAUUGGCUUCUUUUUUGCAUGCAGUCUGCUCUCUUAGAUAAGGCAGAGUUGCAUGCGUUACGUCGUCUAUCUACUCUCUCUAUAAGAGACUUCCAGCAGCAGCAGCAGCAGCAGCAGCAGCAGCAGCAGCAGCAGCAGCAGCAGCAUCAGCAGCAGUACAUGGAGGAUGGAGAGGUUGACCCCUUCAUGCGCUUACAGCACCUACAGCAGCAGCAGCACCACCACCACCACCACUACCAGCAGGAGCAGGAGCAGCAGCAGGAGCAGCAGGAGCAGCAGCAGCAGCAGCAGCAGGGAGGAUUAUGGGGUAGUAUAAGUGCAGAUUUAUUAGAGAUGGCAAAGUUACGAUUAGAUGCAGCAACACAAUGGCGUAUAUAUCAUGCUAAUAAGGGAAUAUAUCCAUUUGCUGCUGCUGCUGCUAGACCUGCUGCUGCUGCUGCAGUUGCUGCUGCAGUUGCUGUUGCUAAUGAUUAUAAUCAAUAUCAUCAUAAAGAUGAUGAUAAUAUACCUCCUGCUGCUGUUGCUGUUGAUGCUCAUGCUGCUGUUGCUGCGCUGCUGCAUGCACAGGAGGUACACUAUGCCCGUUAUGUUAAUAGAUUAGAGGGGAGGGGCCCCCGUUCCUCCAAGAGGGCCCAAGGGUACACAGGAGACCCUAAGAAAAAUUAUUUCUCUUAUAGCCAACAAUUACCACCAGGAGACAAUUGGAUUGGAUUAUUAAUUCAUUAA